AUGGGAGCAGACGCCAGCGCGCUCAAGAACCAGGUGGAGGCAGAACGUGAGCUGGAAAGAUCGCAGCAUGCCAGCCAAGCGGAGAUUCUGAAACAGUUUGAUCAGAGGACAAAGGUUCCUCACUUAUUGAUCGAGCUUCGAAAUGUGGGCUACAUUGAGAUUUGUGGCAAGAACAUAGGUGGUAUCUAUGAUAAACUUGACAGCUUCUUCAAGACAUACUUUGGUGCAACAGAGACCACGUUGGUGAUGCGCAGAGUGGUAGAUGAGAACAAGUGCUGUGCUGGAAUGAAUGAUUGGCCUCAGCUGGCAAUGGCACCCAAAGAGCCUUGUGACGAAGUUUGUGAUAAGAAUUAUGUGUGCGGCACUCAGAAUUCUGAUGGUUCGGUGAACGGCAAUGGCAAAUUCAAAAGCCGCGGCAACGAGGGAGAAAACAAUAUGGGAAAGCUGGCUAUGGAGGUCAUCAACUUUAUGACCAACGAGUGUGGAUGGGGCUUGCACUUGACAGAUGGCGGAAAUCUGGGGUACUGCGGCCAGAUGCGUGAGACGCAGAUCAAGUUUAAGGCUCCCCAUCCCCUGAAUUUGAUGGCGCCCCACAUCAUGAUCGAGUUGAGGUCUGUCGGGUACAUAGAAGUGAACGGACAUGAUACGGAUGGGAUUUACGGGAAGAUCGAGGACUUCGUCAGACAGAAAUGGGGUGGUUCAAGAUACGGUGCUGCCGACAAAGACUACUGUGACCUCAAAUUCUCCACCAGCGCAUUCAAAAAGAGAGGGACGCAGGGGGAGAACAACAUGGGUAUGAAGACGAUGGAGCUUGUCGACUUCAUGACCAAGGAGUGUGCGUGGACACUGCUGACAUGCACGGGUGGGAACUAUGGGUUGACAGGGAGUAUGCGAGAGCAGCAGAUGGUUUUCCGAAACGACGCCUUCGUGCAGCACGGCGAGCAGCAUAUCAUGGUCGAGCUGCGAGAUCAGGGCUACGUGGAAAUCAACGGCUUGCACGAUGCACCGGAGGCAGCCCAGCAGCUGGAGCAAUUCUAUCAGAGCCAGGGCUGCAAGGUGUACCAGCCUGGGUUCUGGGAGUCCUCUGAGAAGUACUGCGAUGUGAAGUAUCAAACUCCUCCGGGUUGGUUUUAUCGCCAGGGAACUACAAACAAUCUGGGCAAACGUACCAUUGAAGUUGCAAGCUAUCUGGGGCAGAUGGGAUGGAUGCUGCUGCUCUGCAAUGGUGGUAACAUUCAUGCAGGCAACAACAAUUCAGGCAUCAUGCGCGAGCAGCAAGUGAAAUUCACAAAGGCUCGACCAAACGACAACCCUGCAGCCCCGCUCCUGAUGAUCGAGCUGCGAACGAUACCGACGACCAUGCACGGCCAGUAUUCAGGGUUUAUCGAAAUAAAUGGCCAGAACACAAAUGGCGUGUACCAGCAGGUCAUCCAAUACAUGCAGCAAACAAUGCUGUGCACGCCGCUGGGUCCACAGCCGUACUGCGACUUGCUUCUUCAAUGCAACUGCUUCCGUCUCAGAGAGGCCAGUACAAUGAGUACGAUGUGGCACGCACGCGAUGGACGCCUGAACGGCGAGAGCAACUUUGGAAGGUACACCAUGAGGCUGUGUGAUUUCAUGGUCGAUCACCUGGGUGAGUGGGACCUGAUCGUGUGCAAUGGCAACAGCGUGGAUACCCUCUUCCGCUAUGGAAAGGACAGCAAAAUGAGUGUCACUGGUCGCGAGCAGCAGCUCAUCUUCAGACAUCGGCCCGGUGGGCGAAACGUGUUCAUGGCUCAGGAUGUGAACGUGGCGAAGCUGGGUCGCGCCCCUCUGCUGCCACCGAAUUAUUGGAAGGAGAGCACCAGGACAGGAUCGGUUGGCCAGGAAAUCGUCCCCGCCACGGCUGAGGAGGUCUCGUGGAUUCAGGAGGUCCUGGACGGCACCUACAAGAAGAAGUCCACGCGAGACCGUUCGGGUGGUCCAUUAGCAGAUCGCUUUGUCGUGGUUUCGGCCUUGAGAUCGGAGCAUCCAGGCUUGUGGGACAAGUUUGCGGAAAAAAGGAACCGGGUGGCCUCGGACAUCAAGAAGCGAAGUACUGUUGAGAUUGUGGAGCCGAAGACGAUGAAAGCUUGCAGCGCCUUUCAAGAGAGGUGCACACAUCCGCGCCUUGGCAACCCAACCAACGAGGCGUAUCUUUUCCACGGGUCGAACCCCACUUCCGCCAUUUCGAUCUUGAGCACUUCUUUCAAAGUUGAUUUUGCCGGUGCAGCUGUUGGGACGAUGUUUGGUCCUGGCGUGUACCUGGCGGAGUCUUCUGCGAAGUCGGACGAAUAUGCGCGAGACGAAAACACGGGUGGUGCCUAUGACGGCCUCUUCGCAGUGCUGCUUUGCAGGGUCGUUGUUGGAAGCUCGUAUGUUGUGGAGAAGCCUGGAGACUACACAGAAAAGUGUACUUCUGGUGAGUUUGACAGCGUUGUCGGGGAUCGUGAAAAAGCAGUCGGUACGUUUCGAGAGUUUAUUGUCUUCGACGAAGCUUCCAUCUAUCCAGAGUACGUGGCUUUCUACCGCAGAGAGUACAAGGAUGGACCGCCUCCACCCAAAACGCCGACGCCAGCACCUUCCUCGUAUGCGCCUGCACAACACGCAAUGCCUGGUACCGGUGGAGCUCCUCGGACGAUGCAGGUGCGAGGGUGGCUCAUCAAUUCCAACGCCCGGCUCAGCCUGCUUGCUGUGUUGCCUACUGCCAACAUGCUGCAAAGCAUCCAUGCUCUCAGCAGACACGGACACAAAGCUUUACAUGAUGCAGCACUGGUUGCGGAAUCCUUUCGGUAUGGCAAGCCGGGCCAGGUGCAAAUCCCGGAGGGUGUGGAGCCUGGAGCCCGGAUUCAGGCCAAGGCGCCUUGGGGCGACGCUUGGCUGGAGACGACGACGAGCAUGAGGUUUGUGGUGUUCCCACUUGGUGCAUGGCUUGUGAUGGAGCUUCAGAAGCAGUUGAAUGAGGAGAAGAACAAGAAUCGAACGCUGGAGGAUCAGUACAAGCACCGAGUUGCAUCCUUCGUCAAGCGUGAGAAGGCGACUAUGAACAAGAUAGAAGCGUUGGAGAAGCGACUGCUCGAGGGUGCGGAGAAUGACGAGCACAGUAAGCGGAUGGAAGCCAUUGGCAACAUGCAUAGAAGCGUCAUCACCGGGCUGGAGUGCAUCCAAACCAAUACGGCAAAGAUCCUCCAGGACCAGGAGAAGGACUUGAUGCGCGCCUUCAGAGCAAGGCUGCAGGAGGUCUCCAAGGACUUGGAGGCGCAGCGCAGCAGAAAAGGCGAGCACUCCACCGAGCAGCAGGCACACCAUCGAAGGGUGGUUGCCGAGUUGCACAAAACGCAGGAGUUAGCUCAGACCUUCGACAAGAAGAACCAGCAGCUUACAGCGGAAAAUGCGAAGCUGCAGGAAAAGCUGAGGACGCGUGAGGACGACCGCAAAGCACUGCUGCGCGAACUCGUCCUUUCCAGGAAGGAAGUCCAAGCACUGAAGUCGCAGCAGGCUUCUGGUGCGAAACCUGCCGAAGUGCCUGAAGCCAAGGAGGCAGAGCCCAAAGCCAACAGGCGGAGCUUCUCUCAAAAACAGAUAGAUCAAGCAAGGCUUCAGCAAACGCAUAACAAGCAGUACGAAAGGGAGGUAGCUUUGCGAGAGGCAGCUCUAAAGCUGAAGCGAAUGGUGGAUGCUGAGCGGCGAACUGUCGUGGCGCUGAAGCAGCAACAGGCUGACAUGUUGCAGCAAAGAACGGAGCUGGAAGUCCUGCUCCGACAAAGCUUGGAUGAUGUGAAGGCAGAAAUCCUGCGGACGCAGAUGCAGGCGGAGGGGAAGGAUGCGAAUGUGCCGGGAGGUUCCAGCCCACCUCUGGCAUCAGUGUCUGUUCACGAGCUUAGCGCCCAAGACCGCGAGCGGGUCCUGGAGCUCCUCCUUUCACAGCAGCGGGUCGUGCAGCUGCUCUAUCAGAAGACUUUUCCUCAGGAGCCUGCCAAUCCUCCAGCCUCUGCUCCUUCUCAGAGUGCCGCGGCGGAAGCGGCGGGUGAUGAGUUUGCAUGGCUGGGUGACAUCAUCCCAUCCGACGAGGGCGAAGUCGGCCCUUAG